GUAAAACCGGCCCCUUCGAAGGAACUGGAGCCGAGCUCCUCCCCUCCGGUACUGAGUUCCUGCUGUCGGCCACUGCCCUCAAGAUCCCUCCCUAGAGCCACCCAGUUCGGGACCCUCCGUUCCCUAUCUCCAGGAAAAUGUGAUGAUCUACAGGUAACCAGCUUCUAGAUCACCAACCACGUCAUGUUCUAGCCACAGGUGACUCGAAUGGAAGAUCCAGGGGCCACAAGGUACGUCAGGAAGAUGCCUAAAGAACAAGGAGAAGGAGAAGCUGGGGGCAAAGAGGUGUGCAGAUACCAGAUCAAAGAAUCGGACAAAGAAGAGGAACCACCAGCUGCUUCAUCCCAUGGCCAGGAGUGGCGGCCGAGUGACCGAGGAUCUAGGAACACAAGGCCUGAAGCUGGGGCCAGACACUCCGCACUCCCUGCCAUGAUCAAUGACCCACCAGUACCCGCCUUGCUGUGGGCCCACGAGGUGGGCCACGUCUUGGCUGGUCGUGCCCGCAAGCUGCUGCUGCAGUUUGGGGUGCUCUUCUGUACCAUCCUUCUCCUGCUCUGGGUGUCUGUCUUCCUCUAUGGCUCCUUCUACUAUUCCUACAUGCCGACAGUCAGCCACCUCAGCCCCGUGCACUUCUACUACAGGACGGACUGUGAUUCCUCCACCUCCUUACUCUGCUCCUUCCCUGUUGCCAAUGUCUCGCUGGCUAAGGGUGGACGUGAUCGGGUGCUGAUGUAUGGCCAGCCGUACCGCAUCACCUUGGAGCUUGAGCUGCCAGAGUCCCCUGUGAAUCAAGACUUGGGCAUGUUCUUAGUCACCAUUUCAUGCUACACCCGAGGCGGCCGAAUCAUCUCCACUUCUUCACGCUCCGUGAUGCUGCAUUACCGCUCCAACCUGCUCCAGAUGCUGGACACGCUGGUCUUCUCCAGCCUCCUGCUGUUUGGCUUCACUGAGCAGAAGCAGCUCCUGGAGGUGGAGCUCUACCCGGAAUACAGAGAGAACUCGUAUGUGCCGACCACCGGCGCGAUCAUCGAGAUCCACAGCAAGCGCAUCCAGCUGUACGGAGCCUACCUCCGCAUCCACGCCCACUUCACUGGGCUCAGGUACCUGCUGUACAACUUCCCGAUGACCUGCGCCUUCGUUGGCAUCGCCAGCAACUUCACCUUCCUCAGCGUCGUCGUGCUCUUCAGCUACAUGCAGUGGGUGUGGGGGGGCAUCUGGCCCCGCCACCGCUUCUCUCUGCAGGUAAACCUCCGAAAGAGAGACAGUUCCCGGAAGGCAGUGCAGCGAAGGGUCUCUGCCCAUCCCCCAGGCACAGGGCCCCAAGGCCAAGAGGAGUCAACGCAGCUGUCAGACAUCACAGAGGAUGCCAGUGGCAGCGGUGGAUUCGGUGGCAGUGGUGGUGGCGAGAGCCCUGAAGACCCCCCAGGGGCAGAGGGUCAGCUCUUAGAGGAGGAGAAACCAGAUCAGCAGCCCUUGACUGGAGAGGAGGAGCUGGAGCCAGAGGCCAGUGAUGGUUCCGGCUCCUGGGAAGAUGCAGCUCUACUGACGGAGGCCAACCUGCCUGCCCCUGCCCCUGCCCUUGCCCCCGAGACUCUGGGCAGCUCUGAACCCUCUGCGGGCAAUCUCCGACAGCGCCCCACCUGCUCUAGUUCCUGAAGAGAACAAGGCAGAGUCCUCACAUUCCAGCCCUUUCCCACCGGACCCCCCUUCCCUUUCCCGUGGCUUCCCUCAAUAAACUAUUUUCAUGCCAGCGGC